AUGUUGUCGAUGCGUCUAAUCAGUAGAUACUCCAAUCAGUUGGUGCAAUCAUUCAAUCAUAGUCUCAUCUUUGAGGACUAUUCAAAUGAACAGACACUGGCGCAUGUUGUUGAGCGAUUCCUUCGUGAGCGCGAUCAACAACUACCCACCAGCCACUGGCAUGCCUCAAUGUUCAAGACGAUAUCGAUGGUUGCGACCUGCCUGGGUGACCUAGCGUCUGUUCUCGACAAGCAGGACAACAGGGACGUUGUGAUCACUGCUCUCAAGGAACUCUUCACUGCUGCUGGAUCAGUGGAGCAGCAGCCUCUAAUCGAAUCAAUCCAAUUGGAUAUCGAGAAUGAGCCAGAGGCAUCACUCAUCAUCGCAGAGAACAUCCCUAUUCGCCAAGUCUUUGCCAAGAUUAAUCUGGACGAUGCCAAGUAUGAGGACUUGCGCACCCUUGAGCACUUCACAAGUGACAUAUUCAACUUUGACGAAGACAUCCAAGAGUACAUGCUCUUUAAUCCAAACCUAGAAGCCACGGUGGAGGACGACAAGAUCCUGCCUCUCUUUCACGCACUUGCUCGCCAUCAGACCCUUGAGCGUCUCGAGUUGACGGAGAGAUCUUAUUACGGAAGGGACCUGCUCAAACACUUUAUCCUGUUUAGCGUGCUCUUCUCCUCACCAUUCAAAACCCUGACGUGGCUUCAUAUCUCAUCGGAUCCAUCAAAUGAAGGAUGGACAACUCUCUGUAGGUUUGCCUGUGAUUGCAGCGACUUCUUCUUCCGUGGACUCCAGAGACUCGAUGCCCUCUGUCACCUUGGCCUUUCCUUCGAGUACAUCAUGUUUAGUCCACGUGAAGAGCACAUCGUGCAGCGAUUCUUUGACAAUCUACUCGCGCUUCUUCAGAACAACGACAAACAACCCAAUCUCAACUCUGUGCAGCUUCGCAUCAUGACGGAUAGGUACUCCAGGGUGCUCGAGUAUGAGGACCUUCGUCCAGAUAUUCCAACAUACCUUCUCCAGAAUGGCAACUCCAAGUUUCGACGAGUGUCACUAUAUAAGUUGGACAGAACAUUUGAGGUUAUAAACAGACUCGAGCAUCUUUAUACUUUCGAUGGCAGCAAGGUGGAGCUUCUCAACAAUAUCAGCUCCCUCGAAUUUGGCAAGUUGUCGUUGGACAUGAUGGUGGCAAUCAUCCUCUCCAAGGACUCGGCGGUUCGCUACCUUAGUGUUGGAUCUAUCCAAGGCUAUUAUGAUGACCCAUUUGACCGACUCAGUGAUGCUCUCCAACAAAACACAACACUGGAAAGACUGUCAUUCGCAUCAGGCUCUUCAUACCAAUUGGACCAAAGUCCAUCUUUCAAGCGCUUCAUUAAUGUCAUUGCCAAGCAUCAAUCAAUCAGAAACAAGACAACAGUCCUGAUUGAUAUAAACAUCGAAGUUUAG